CUCUCUCACUCCUCCCCUUAUUCCCUCAAAGCCAGCAGGCUGCUUUUCGAUCCAGACCGCUUGCUACAUGAUCUCCUUGAAAACACCGUUGCGCAUCUCUCUCGCCGCUCGAUGGCUUAGCCUUUGUAGACUACUCAACAAGAGGAAGAGAGAUGCCAGCGCCAGGACAUUGACUCCUUUCUUUCUUCUGCUUCCCCCUCCCCUUCCUUAAUCUCCCACCCCUUGAUCUCUACCCCCUUCCCUGUGCCCUCUCCUGUCCUGUCCUGUACCUCCUUCCUCCCAACCUCCUCCUCCCCUACCUAAACCCCUGCUCUCCCUCUCAACUCGCACCCCCUUGACAAUGUUACCAUGCAUUAACUGGCUUCAGCCUUUCCUUGCCUUGCUUUCCUCCACCUUGCUGACUCGGGGCCACAACUGUCCGUCCAGCUGCCUGUGUCCGGACCACCACACUGUGGACUGCCAGGGCCAAGGUCUCACCAGCCUCCCUAGCCCCAUCCCCCUGGACAUCCGGCGCCUCCUUCUCUCCGACAACUGGAUUCCCUGGAUCCCCUCGGACUUCCUGGUUCUGUACAGCGACCUGGUCUACCUGGACCUGAGGAAUAACUCCCUGUCGGUGCUGGAGCCCGGCACCCUCAGCACCUCAUCUCGCCUAGUCUUCCUGGACCUGGGCAGCAACAACCUGACAGAGAUCCAGUCAGGGACCUUUGUGGAGUCCCGGAGCCUGAUCAAGCUGCGUCUGGGGAACAACCCCUACCUUAGCCUGGUGGAAGAGGAUGCUUUCCUGGGGCUGACCUCGCUGCGGGAGCUGGAGCUGGAGAGGAACGGCCUGCAGGGGCUGGAUGUGGGGGUGCUGGAGCCCCUAACCUCACUCCGGGUGGUACGCCUGGAGGGCAACCCCUGGGUGUGCAACUGUCACUUUGCCAAACUUUUUGUGUGGCUCACGGAGAACUGCCACAAGCUUCCAAUGGGUAUGGAGGGGUUGCAGUGUUCCCUUCCCAUGGAUGGGAGUCUUAUGUCCCUGAGCCUGCUCUCUGAGGCGAGUUUCCGGGAGUGCCGGGGCUACCUCUCUCUUACGGACAUCCUCAUUGUCAUCUUCUCGGGCAUCUCAGUCUCUGUGGUGGCCAUUAUAGCCAGCUUCUUCCUGGCCUCCAUGGUCCACUGCUUUCAGCGACUGGGCAAAGCUGGUCAGGCGGAAGAGGAGGAGGGCAACGACUGAGGUGAAGAAAAAGCAUGAUCUGGGACCAGAUUCAGUAUCACUGCAGACAUAGCAGACCCGACUAGGUGCCUCGUAAGAGUGCCAGGCAGAAGGGCAGGACAAUGGGAGAGCAAGGCAUGGACAACGAGGAGGGAGUAUAUGGCCAAGGAAUUGUGCAAGAAAGCUCUUACCAUGUGAAUUCCUGUGCGCUGCAUUGGUGGCAGUCAGCAGCACACCAGGAGGGUUAAACCAUGUCAGGAAAGAUUGUGUUAAAUAACCUUGAAUGAUACACGUUUUCUUAUCACUGAAGUACGAAAUGUGCUACACUCUUAGAAAAAAGGGUUGGAAAAGGGUUCUUCGGCUGUCCCCAUUGGAUAACCCUUUUUGGUUCCAGGUAGAACCCUUUUGGGUUCCAUGUAAAAUCCUCUGUGGAAAGAGUUUUUACAUGGAACCCAAAAGAGUUCUACCUGGAACCAAAAAGGAUUCUUCAAAGGGUUCUUCUAUGAGGACAGCUAAAGAACCCUUUCAGGUUUCUAAGAGUGUAUGUUUCAUUGAUUGAACACAGCCUUACUACAGAUGUAGGAUUUUCAUUCGACCUACACUAUAUUGUCACAGCAAAAUGAUCCUGCAGAUACAGGAUUUGAACAUUUAGUCCAUAAUGUUGCUUGAUCGGUGGUUAGGCUAUUAGCUGGCCAAAAGUAGGCUACAUGAAAAGUGCAAUACAGUUAAUAUAACUGUGUGUUACUGUGGGUUUUCAGUGAAUUUACGUAUAUAUCAAAGCUCAUCUGCAUUUCCUGCGGUGCAGGAAAAAUCUUAGUAACAAAAGAGUGAUCAAAUUAAGAUCAUAAAUCUGCACCUUACUUUGGAGAGAUCAUUCAGCAUUCUCUUGAAAUCGUAGUUGUACUAUAUUUGGCCUACAAACACCACCCUUUCAAAGAGGACUAUUCCUCUGCUGCCAAGGGGUUCUUUAAGAUCUGGCUUGAGCUGGGAAGUAAAGGGACAGAGAGGAGGACAAGGGACCGGCACACUGCAGUCUAAUGCACACUUAUGUCCAUUGCAUUGAUUUGAGUAGCAACCUACGUAACCUUUGUUUACCAAAGAACAGUCCGAAUGAGAAUAUUCUAUUGUUACAAUAUAGAACACAGAAAUGGGAUAGCAUGAGCAAUCAACAUGGAUGUUACACUAAACUUUGACACAAACUCAAAAAAUGCAAAAAACUAGUCAAUAUGGAGGGCAUUGUUACAAUAUCUGUUUUUGGAGCAUAAAUGUAGCCUGACAAUGUUUGGUGUUACAAAACCCAAAGGAGUAGGCAAGAGAGCAGAAACAGACUGGCACUCAGGCUAGCAUAAAUGUGUUCUUGGCUAAAAAACAGUCACACGUUAGGUACAGUAUAAUAUAUAGAACAAUAUGCUAAAAUAUCCUGCCAAUUAUCACCCAUAAAUGUAACUAUGGAAAUCAUUAUAUUAUACUUGUAAAUGGACCAAUGUAUUUCCUUGUUUCAGGCAUAAUGUAACUUAUUUUACAUUUGACACUUAUUUUACAUAUUAAUACAGAUUUUUUCCUUCUUUUUUUAAACAAAUGAAGUAUCUUUUUUGUAUGGAGAUUUUACAUCCGAUGUGAUCCGAAGUCUCUAAUUCCAAGCUAACAGGGCUAAGGUUAAAAUCUGUUCAUUUAUUUCAAUAUCUUGAUCAUCCUUGAUGUUUGGGCCUUCCAGUCCUUUCCCAUGUCGGCGUUUAUUACGCCUGGGUACUGGAGCCAUCCUCAAUAGACCAGCAGCUAGUAGCAGCCAGGUGAAAUUGAUGAAUGAAUGCUUUUGGUCAAUGAUGGCAUGUGUAUUUUUUUGGCUUCCUGAAACGACUGGGAGAUCAUAAAUGAAAACCAGCAUACUCAUAGAUGCUUCAAGACCUGCGUUUUGAGAGGUUGUCUGUCAAACUAUAUCUGUCUCUGGCACUUGUAACCUACCAAUGAGAUUUGAGAUCCCAAAAACAGAUUAAAGGGCUUUUUUUCUGAUGCACCAUAACAAACACAUUAAAAAUAUUAAGACGGGGUUGCAAAGUGCAAUGUUACCAAAUGUAAGAGAGAAAAUGAAGCAGUAAAAUAAACACAUUAUGCUCUGGAACUUUGCUUUUACAACUUUUGUUUCACAUAACCUUUCUGUUUCUUUGAAUGAGGAUGUACAGUAAGUACACUGUCGACUGAGUGUUCAAAUCAUUACGAACAUCUACUCUUUCCAUGACAUAGACUGACCAGGUGAAUCCAGGUAAAAGCUAUGAUCCUUUAUUGAUUUCACCUUAAUCCACUUCAAUCAGUGUAGAUGAAGGGGAGGAGACGGGUUAAAUAUAUACUUUUUAAGCCUUAAGACAAUUGAGACAUGGAUUCUGUAUGUGUGCCAUUCAGAAGGUGAAUGGGAAAAACAAAACAUUUAAGUGCCUUUGAAUGGGGUAUGGUAGUAGGUGCCAGGCGCACCGGUUUGAGUGUGUAAAGAACUGCAACACUGCUUGGUUUUUCACACUCAACAGUUUCCCCGUGUGUAUCAAAAAUGGUCCACCACCAAAAGGACAUCCAGCCAACUUGACACAACUGUGGAAUGCUUUUGACACCUUGUAGAGUCCAUCCCCCAACAAAUGGAGGCUGUUCUGCGGUCAAAAGGGGGGUGCAGCUCAAUAUUAGGAAGGUGUUCCUAAUGUUUUGUACACUUAGGGUAUCUAGAAUAUUUGUAUUUUAUUGAUUUAACCCUUAUAUAACAAGGUGUGUAAAUAGAGAACCAAUUCUCAUUUGCAAUAACAACCUGGCUAAUAAGUACACUUUGGAACCAACAUUGUAUACUAAACAAAAUAUAAAUGCAACAUGUAAAGUAUUGGUCCCAUGUUUCAUGAACUGAAAUAAAAAAUCCCAGAAACUGUCUA